UUUACUGUACAGACCGAUUUUCUUAUUAUUUCGGGUUUAAUGAAAUAUGGAAUUGCCUGAUAAUUCAAAGGAAGAAUCGGAUAAGGGCAGUGUUCUGCCUACAAAGUGUGGAAUAUGUGGUGAUCCUCAUUUCUAUCGUGACUGCAAAUAUGUGAUUAUUAAUACUAAGGUUCCUGAUAGAGAAGUUCCAUCUAGAGCCAAACAAUCGUUGCCAGAUAUUCUGGAAAUCCGCAAACUGGCCGAUGAAAGUUACUCAAUAUUCAGCAAAGUGAUGCUGGAAGCUGGUACGGAAUUUGGACCGUUUGUAGCGAAGAAAACCUUAACUUUACACCCAUUUGCCGUAUUUCCCAUCAAAGUGUUUCACGAAAAUGAAUCAGACUUGUCCGAGUAUUACCUGGAUACUGUGGAGGAAAAUGAUUGUUGCUGGAUGAUGUUCGUCAAGCCUGCUAGUGAUGUUGAGGAGCAAAACUUAAUUUGCUAUCAGGAAAAUGAAGAUAUCUUUUUUGGCACAAUAAGGGACAUAUUGCCUGGUGAAGAACUGAAAGUGUGGUACUCGCCCUACUAUGCGUUCAAAAUGCAGAAAAAUACACUCACCUUUAAGGAGUCAUCACAACUGCAAGUGGAAACAGUUGAGUGCAAACCUGCGGCAGAUGACUUAAACACGCUGAUCAAAGCACAACAAAACAUUGUUCCUCAUGUGGUGUGGAAUUGCAAAUUUUGCUACAAACUGGAGAAAAAUGUUUCUGAUUUCGCCAAGCAUUUGUUAACGCAUUAUGCAAUUAAAGAGAAAAGAACAUGCUUGUCUUGCAACAAUCAUUUCCGUUACUCAACGCAUUUUAAACACCAUAUCAGAUUUUGUCGUCCAGAGCCAACAGAAAAAACACCCCAACCAAUCUUUUCAAAAGUGGCCGAAAAACCACAACCUGAGGCUAAGCAACAGGCAAAAAGUAAUAAUAUAGGCGGGCCUUUACUUGCUCAGUGCUUAAAUGAGAGCCUGAAUAAUUCGGAUUCUCUGCUACCACAAAGCGAUCCACCCUUUUUCGAGAUGGAAAAUUACGAAAACCCCGAUUUACUAUUUGGAAGUGAGUUGUUAGGAAUUAAUAUCGACCUGCAAAAUGGAGCAAAGGACGUUCAUAAGAAGUAUUUUGUUUGCGAUAUAUGUUUAAAGAAGUUUCCGAAUGUAAAAGGAAUUUCAAAUCAUUUAAAAUUGCACAUAGGAAACUACUUUUGUCCUGAAUGUAAAAAGAUUUUUGGACGGCCAGAAAGCUUCAAGUAUCACAAAUGUAACCGAGUAUACUCUCUUAAAUGUCCUAAAUGUGAAAGAAUCUUCUAUCAGAAGAAAUACCUAUUAAAACAUAUAUCGGUGUUCCAUGAGAAGAAACAUGCCUGCCCAUCGUGCCAAAAACUCUGCUUUUCUUCCACUGAACUCAAGAAUCAUUAUUGCAGAAAGCUCCCCAAAGAAAAGCGAAAAGUUCUCAAAUGUGCCGCCUGUCCCAAGAUGUUCUUUUCCGAAAUGGGUCUAAGGAAGCACAAGAAGAAUCACUUGAGUGACGGCAUAUCGACAACAUACAUUUGCUCAGAAUGCAGCGAAACUUUCUCAUCAAAGCUGAUUUAUCAGCGACACGUACAUACAAUCCAUAACAAAUCUAGGCAAUACGAGUGUAAGAUCUGUGAUAAAGUGUUUUAUAGAGGAGAUGCUUUGAAAAUGCAUUUAACCAAUAUUCACAUGCAAGGCAAAGCUGAGGGCCUUCAAUGUCCGAGUUGUAACAGGAAAUUUAAAAGUAAUAAAUACCUGCAAGACCAUAUGAAAUCGUUCCACGACAAUUCAAAAUAUAAAUGCAACCUCUGCACGCACUCAUUCAAAUAUUCGCGUAAUCUAUCCAGGCACUUGAAGAUGGUUCAUGGGAAGGAAGAACUCUUUGAAGACGCAUAUGAGUGUCCAACAUGUAAGAUUAAAGUCAAAUUGAAAAGCUCGCUUCGCCGGCAUUUAAGAACCAAACAUCCAGAAAAGUUUUCCUCAAGUCGUAUGAAAAUCAAUUCCAGUCAGGUUGAAGUGCAAGAAUUAAAAUUCAAGUGUCCAAUAUGCGAUUUGAAAGUGAAGCUCAAGUCGUCAUUGCAUCGACAUAUAUUGAAGAAACAUCCCGACGAUUAUAAGAAUGUUUGCGGCCAGGUAAAGGAAAAAGACCGGGUUACUGGUAACUCCAAAAAGAGGAAGCAAAUUGACGAUGAAUUUGAUAAAUUGAUGGACCUGCAAAAAACUAUAGAAAAUAUGGACUUUAACAUCGACACCUGCAAUGAAAACUUGCUGAGCGGAAAUGAAACCAUCGAUAAAUUUUUGAAGGAGAGCAGCGAUCAAAUUUCGAUUUUCUUUGCGGACAGUCCGAAACCGAUUCCAAUCGUUAACGAAAUUAGUACUGUAAUUACGGAGAGAGCAACCAAUAGGGAGGUCGGGUUAUCUAUGCCAGAUUUGUUGGAAUUGGAGCAUGAGAUUAAGGCAGCUAAACAGGCUGUUGUUUCGCCAGCUGCAAGCAAGACUUUCGAUCCUCUGUUGGCCCUUAAUUCCUCGGAUGUUGUGCUGUAUGCCCUCAACAAUAAGCCUGAUUAAGGUCGGUAAGUUGAUAGUAGAAGAGCCGAGUAGAGAGGCAGCCGAACCGCAAGUAGGGCGACAGCCCAGUUUGCGAGGGCAGAAG